AUGUCUACUCCCACCAACACCAACACCUCCAACAUCCUCUCCUCCGACUCGACUCCCCCAGCCCACCUCUCGCAAUACUGGUUCAAGAACUUCAACGGCCGAUACGUCCCCGUCAACGAAAACGACCCCAAGGACGUCGCAGAGUUCCCGAUGCAAAUGACUCCGACCGAUUUGCCACUCUACAAUUUCCACGCUGACCUAUCUCCAGAGCCGCGGUACCGGCCUUUCACGCGGGAGUUUCUGGAUGCGGUCGAGGAGACUAUUCGACGGGAGAGGCCGUGGUAUGGGGAGGUUAGGGUGCAGGGGUAA